CGAGAGCGACGAAUCACCGCGGGCGGACUGACACACGAUGAUGAGCGACGACAGCACAACCACAGCAGAGGGUGCUGGUGGAGAGCUGAUUGUGCGGUCCACGGAGAUUGUGGACUUGAACCAGGAGGUGAAGCAGCGCGUCGAAACAGAACCAUGCGCACGGCCAUAUCUGUCUGUAAAGUUUGCCAAGGAGGCAAAGCGGCACUGGGAUCUGUUCUACAAGCGAAACACAGUCAACUUCUUCAAGGACAGGCACUGGCUGACGCGGGAAUUCCCCGUCUUGAUGCAGGAAACCAACCCACAAGGUGAGCGUCCCGUGCACCUGGAGAUUGGCUGCGGGGUCGGCAAUACCGUGUUCCCUCUGCGCAAGGAGAACCCCCGCUUGUUUGUCCACGCCUGCGACCUCUCCCCACGGGCCGUUAACUUUGUCAAGGGCCAUGAGGAGUUCACUGAGGAGGACUGCCACGCGUUUCAAUGCGAUCUCACCCGCGAUGACGUCUUGGAGCACAUGGAACCAGAGAGCUGCGACACAAUCACGGCGCUGUUUGUCCUCUCUGCCAUGUCCAUCGACGAGAUGCGCCUGCUCCUGGCAAACGUCGUCAAGGUGUUGAAGGCUGGCGGGGCCGUGUGCUUUCGUGACUACGGCAUAUAUGACCACGCCAUGCUGCGCUUUAAGAAGGGACACAAGCUCGCACCGCAGCUGUAUUACAGGCAGGACGGCACGCGCGCAUUCUACUUUGAGCUCGAGCAAACGCGGGCACUCUUCAAGGAAUUUGGGCUGGAGGCUGACGACCUUGCGUACGUGAGCCGCCGAACCAUCAACAAGAAAGAGGGCGUAGACUUGGCACGCGUGUUCGUGCAGGGAACCUUUGUGAAACAACGGCAACAACAGGCUGGCGACGGCGACGAUGAUGAUAGUGCUGAUGGUGCGGAUGCUGCUGUUCAUGGCAGCGGUGAUGCGAAUGAUGCCAGUGACCAUGCAGGGAAGGCAGACGGUGCCGCAGAUGACUAGGUGCCCUCAGAUACGCGCUGUUGAUGGGAUGAGCACGGAUGGGCGUGUGUUUGUUUGUGAAUACCAAGCAUGUUGCAUUUGCAAUGGUG